GAAAUCAAGAAAUCCAGGCCGCCAAUGGUCACCUAUGACGUUUCAGCACUAGCUAACCAUUCUUUUUGCGCUAAAACAUCAAAUAAAUUUCUCAAAUAACAAAAAGAAAAUAUAUAGCUUGCUCAAUUUCCAUACAAAGUCCAUUAUUCUCAAAUCAUUUCCAUCGCUUCUGAAAUCUUUGCUAUGGCUUCCUCAAUUUCCAUACAAAGCCUAUUAUUCUCUUUUAAAUUCCAUUCCUCCUCUUUUCCAUAUUCUACAGAAAUUUAUUUUCUUGAAAAUAGCUGCAAAAAUGAGAUGUACACGAAACUCAAGAUUGGAAAAAGAAAAAUUUUGAGAAAUUGCAGAGCGAUGGUGCAGCAAACCGUGCAAGGGCCUUCAGCUGCUUAUGCCAAGGAAAUUCAGAGAUUAUCUGCAAAAGAAUCUCUGCUUAUUGCUUUCAAAGAUGCUGGAGGAUUUGAGGCACUGGUUACUGGCAAAACCAAUAGUUUGCAAAGCAUCGAUGUGAACGAAAGAAUAGUUAGCCUCGAGCGCCUGAAUCCUACGCCUAGACCAACAACGUCUCCUUAUUUGGAAGGUAAAUGGAACUUUGAGUGGUUUGGAUCGGGAAGCUUAGGACUUGUCGCUGCUCGCUCCUUGUUUGAGAGGUUCCCAUCGGAGCUGGCAAAUUUGUCUAAACUAGAUGUGGUGAUCAAGGACUUGUAUGCAAAGAAUGCAGCAAGUUUGAAAUUUCUAAAUUCGAUAGAAAGCAAGUUGAUAAUCUCCAGCAAGUUAACUGUGGAGGGGCCACUUCGAAUGAAGCAGGAAUUCCUUGAAGGAUUGUUGGAGUCCCCAAAAGUUAACGAAGAAUCUAUUCCUCAGCAGCUAAGAGGUGCUUUUGCCCAGGCAACGAGCACUGCGCAACAGCUUCCUGUGUUUAUUAGGGAUGCUGUGUCCGGUGGAUUCAAGAUUCCUCUUGGAGGAUCUUUUGAGAGGUUUUUCAUGAUCUCGUAUCUUGAUGAUGAAAUCCUGAUAAUAAGGGAUGCUGGUGGAGUUCCUGAAGUCCUCACAAGAUUAGAUCCGGGGCCAUCGCCAUUGGCCGAGCCAACGACUGAAUACGAGAGUUGAAGGGACUUACUGCUGUAUACCACCCUAACGACAUAGCAAGAAUGAGAAUGAAUGGAGCUCGAGAGCAACAUCUGCUUUCACCUCUCUCGUUUGCUCAUUUCUUCGUUGUCGUGCUGAUAUUGAUAUACACUUACUUGCCCAUUUUGUUGACAGUAAGUGAAGAGAUGGGUACAUGUAACAAGUGGAAAUGAGUUGAUAAUCAGAGCCUUCUUGUUUCAAACAUUAUUAGUUCAAGUGUAAACCUUAACCUGCACGAAAAGAAACAACAUUUUAGACCCUCCCCAA